AGUGCCCUCAUGGAAAGUGGCUGCCUCCGAUUUGUGAGAACAAUUGCCCUGUAUGCUAUAAUGGGGGUGUGUGUUCUGUUUCAUAUGGAUUAUGCAUCUGUCCCCCGGGCUUCAAAGGAGAUAACUGUGAAAUCGCGUGUGGCCAUAAUAAUUGGGGACGCGAUUGCAAUAUCGUAUGCAGCAAUACAAAUCCAGGUUGUCCAGGAGCUCUGUUUUGUCCUCCAGACCCUGUCGGUUGUUCGUGUAUGUCCGGUUAUGGUGACCUUGAUUGUAAAAAAAAAUGUGACACUGGAACAACAGGCAAGUAUGGACCCGGAUGCCUUCUUGAUUGUCACUGUAACGCUACUGAAUGUCAUCUUUCAGAGGGUUGCAACACAAACGUCACUUGUCAUACUGGUUAUACUGGCGCCCGUUGUCUAG